CGUCACUGUGUUUGGUUGCGUUUGCCUACUGUCUGCACUGAUGUGAGAGCAAGUCAGUAAGCCUUUCAAUUUCACUCCAUUUAACUAUGUUCUAAAGAGGCAAACAUGAAUCUCCGUGGCCUUUUUCAAGAUUUCAACCCUAGUAAGUUCCUGAUCUAUGCAUGCCUGCUACUGUUCUCUGUGCUGCUGUCAUUGAAGUUGGAUGGCAUCAUCCAAUGGAGCUACUGGGCAGUGUUUGCACCCAUCUGGCUCUGGAAACUCAUGGUCAUCAUCGGGGCUUCUGUGGGCACUGGAGUGUGGGCUCACAACCCACAAUACAGAGCUGAAGGUGAGACCUGUGUGGAAUUCAAGGCCAUGUUGAUCGCUGUGGGCAUCCACCUCCUCCUGUUCACCUUCGAGGUGCUGGUAUGUGACCGUGUGGAAAGAGGGUCACACUUCUGGCUUCUGGUCUUUAUGCCCCUCUUUUUCGUCUCGCCCGUCUCCGUGGCGGCAUGCGUGUGGGGAUUCAGACACGACCGCUCACUAGAGCUGGAGUUUCUGUGCUCUGUAAAUAUUCUUCAGUUCAUCUUCAUUGCAUUGCGACUGGAUAAGAUCAUCAGCUGGCCGUGGUUGGUUGUGUGUGUGCCGCUGUGGAUUCUUAUGUCCUUCUUGUGUCUGGUGGUGCUGUAUUACAUCGUCUGGUCUGUGCUCUUCCUGCGCUCCAUGGAUGUCAUUGCUGAGCAACGGCGUACUCAUAUCACUAUGGCGAUCAGCUGGAUGACCAUAGUUGUGCCCCUGCUUACCUUUGAGAUUCUACUUGUGCACAAGCUGGAUGGUCAUUAUAAUUCCAAAUAUGUGCCAGUGUUUGUGCCUCUCUGGGUGUCUCUGGUGACUCUAAUGGUGACCACAUUUGGCCAGAAAGGAGGCAAUCACUGGUGGUUUGGCAUUCGCAAAGACUUCUGUCAGUUCCUCCUUGAACUCUUCCCCUUCCUGAGGGAGUAUGGCAACAUAUCCUACGACCUGCAUCAUGAGGAUUCAGAGGUGUCUGAAGAGAUGCCCAUCCACGAGGCGCCAAAAAUCGCUCCCAUGUUUCGGAAGAAGACGGGUGUGGUGAUCACCCAAAGUCCUGGCAAAUACUUUGUGCCGCCACCCAAACUGUGCAUCGACAUGCCAGACUAAUAUUCAAAAUUCCUCAUUUGACUGUUCAUGAACAGUGAGAAAAUAUAGCACUAUGCACUGGGUUUUGCGUCUGGACGUACCAUUAAAGAAGAAACGUACAAUCCAGCUACAAAGACUCUUCUGAAAUCCUGUUGUGGUGAAGAUUCUUCAGAAGAGACUCUUGUGGUUGAGCUAAGGUCAAAUCAAGAAUAUAGUAAUUUUGUAUUUGUAUAACAUAGCCUUGCAUUGAAAUCAAAAUCUGACUGCGUAGAUGGGACCUAUUGCCUUCAGGAGUGGAUUGGUUCUCACCAAGAACUCACCAAGAGACUAUCUAAUCUGUAAAUAAGGGAAGUGUUUGGAUUUUUUUCUAUUACCAGGUGUGGAGAUUUUUUUUUUUUCUUUUUUUUUUUUCAAAUCCUGUAGAGAGAGAGGAAAAAAAAAAGUUUAAAUCAGCCUAAGCUGGUUUUCUGGUCUCAGCUGGUUUUAUUUAGUUUUCUUUUCCCAGCCUGGUCAAGGUGACCAGCUGAAAAAUGCCCCAAACCCCUCUUAGACCAGCUAAUCUUAGGCUGGGUUUCAGCAGGGAAAUGUAUUUAUGGUAUAGACUGUCAGUUAUUCACCCAUCAGUUCCAACUCUUCAGCUUUGUUGACAUUUGGUCUGAUGUUAGCACAAUAUUUUUGUCUGUGCAAGCUUUGCAAUAUGUGUCAGUCUCUCAGGGGCAACUGUCCUUUAGGGUGAACAAAGUUUAAAGAUGAAUCUGAAAUUGUUCCUUGUACAUUUGAGGUUAGUGGACUUCAUCUGAUAGGCUGCUAUCAAAUGAAAAUGAAUAGUCAAGACUGUGGUCUUUAGUUUUAGUACAACAGUUAAUCUCACAGAUAUUAUUGAACAAUUUUGCAUAAUGAAAAUGAAGACUAUAUUAUGACCAUUAAGACAUUUUUCCAUUGUGACAUGGGUUUUUUUUUAUGACAAUUUAGCACAUUUUCACCAAAUUCCUAUUACCGUAAUUCAUCUGGAAAUUUACAUUUUUAAUAAAAAAAAAUAACGUUUUAAUUUCCAUUAUUGUUGAUUGUGAUUUUCAUAAAAUGCCAUUCUUGUAAUGCAUCUGGACAUUUUUCCUUUGAGUUUUUUUGUAAUUCCCAUUAUUCUUAAUGGUGAUCUCAUUAGAUUCUCAUUACUGUAAUGCAGUAAUAUUUUUUACUGUAUUACAGUGAAAUGUAUUUGUUUUUUUUAUUAUUAUUAUUUCAAUCAGCAUUUUCAUCAGAAGUGCAAACAAUUUAAUAAUGAGCUAAUUAAAGGCAGUACAACAAAUACUACCAUAACGUAUAAGUGCGUUAGUUUAAAUAAAAUGCUUUUUUUUUUGCAUUACAGUAUUGAGAAUUUGGGAGGAAAUGUGCCUAAUUUUCAAUAAACUGUCACAAUACAAAACAGUUCUAAUGGGUAUAAAAAUUGGUGUUAUUUUCUAUAUGCAAUUUAUUUAUAUAUAUUUUAAAAAGAUUUUGUGGCGUGAAAUAUGACCUGGACAUGUUCUUGACGAGUUUUGUGAGAUUUACCCUGUUGCGCAUCUUAGUUGAUAACUUUCAGUAGUCUGGACUCAAAAGUCUUCAACUGAACUCCAGUAUAGAAUACAAUACAGUAAUUUCAUAUGGUUUAAUCAAAUGCACCCCAUAUUAUAAAGUUGGUAAAUAAUUAUGCAGCUGUUUUUGUUGAGAAUAUAACCACUACCUAUUAUUACUGUUAUUCCCUGUUAUCUCAGAAAGGCAAAAACAUUGAGGUAGCACUGAUUUGGACCAACUCAUUUGGACCCAUUUAGUGUGAAAUGACAGGAAAAAACCUUUAGUAAUAAAAACUUUUUAACCUCUUUUUAAAGAUAUGUAUACUUGUUAAAGUGUUGACCAGUUGCAGUAUGUUCCCCAUUCUCCCACCAGAUCAGAAAAGAUUUGUUUUAAAAUAUAUGUAUAAUUUCAUGCCAAAAAAAAAUGUUUAAAUCCCCUGGCUGCUUUCUAGUCGAGAAAUACCUUAGUUGCUUUCUCAGCUGGUCUGAGUGAAUCGCCAUAAAGAUGUACCUUUUGUGAAUGUGGACCAAUACCGCAGUUUUAUAUGUUUCCCUAUAUACACAUUUACCACUCUUGAUGUUCAUUGUGUCCAUUCCUUUGUAAAGGCAAAACAUAACGUAGUUUUCGACAGUGCCUCACAUUAAAUAUUAUUGUUUACCAUGCAAAUGUUGUUUGAGUUUUUUCAAAUCUUUUUAUGUUGGGUAUUAUGUCAUUUACUGUAUGAGUUAUUUUGCUAUAGGAGGCAUCAAAAUGUUUAAAGGGUUUUGACCUUUGCCUUGGUUUAUUUAUUUACGUAUAUACAAACUACAAGUCAACUUUUUGGACACAGCUACUCAUUUGUAUUUAUGAGUACAAUUUUACCACAUUUUAGAAUAAUAGUAAAGUAAAACUAUGAAAUUACUCAAAUAUGGGAAUUAUGACCAGUGACCAUAAGUGAAAAUCAAAACUAUCUUAUAUUUUAACUUAAUCACAGUAUAGCCAGCCUUUGUCUAGAUAGCAGCUGUGCACACACUAGGCAUCAUAAAAAAAGAAUUUUGUAAUGAAAUUAAUAAAAUAAUUCAUUAAAAAAAUAAAUGUCUACACAAUAUCAAGCA